UGCUUUGAAAUAUCCUUCAAUCCAGGUUUUAUCCUGAUCCCAAGUAGAUGCACAAACUGAAAGUAAAAAACAGCUUAGAAACAAUGGCAUGAAACAGGACCAAUUUUCAUGAGCUACUUCAUCCAGCGCUAAGACAUGUCUGGCUCAAAAUGCUGGUCUGGUGUCCACAGAAAACCACAGUCCUUGAUUGUGUCACAUUCUCAGUAGUGAUGACUGGGGAGAAGAACAGAGUGAAAAGUGCAGGAGGGAUGAUGGAACAUGUGGAACAAACUGGUAUGCCUGGGACCAAGCCUUAACUGUUGCUGGCUACCCUGCAUGCCUCACAGUGCAGCAUGAUUAGGAUCAGGAGGAAGAAACUUUGGGCAUCUUGCUUUUGCAUCGUGACCUGCUUUUUCCUUCUUGUGACACUCCAGGAGCAUCGGUACACCCACUCAAAAUCUUCAGCUGUGGUGGCAGCCUCUACCCGGUGCUUCUGAGGAUAAGUAUUGUAAAAAAAAAUCCUUCCUUGUCCCUGUUGUAACCAGCAAAGCAAACUUAGAAGCAUGGGAAAACCAAAUACCCCCAGUGACAAGCUGCAGAAUCUGGACAAGUCCCAUUGUGCGGUUAAAAGAGUUGUGAGAGAGUUCUCAAGAGCAUGGUCUCCCAUCUCUUUCAGCAUCACCUCAUUACUGUCGGUGGAGAACCCUUGGAAAACGUUGAGCAUUUCCCAUACCUUGUCAGUGAAAAUGUGAAUAGGUAGAAAUUAGAAAGACAAUGAUUUUUUGUAUCCAGUAGAUUUAGGAAGUGAAGUUCAUAGGCUCAUCUACGGAAGGUGUUUUGUAAAACCGUGGACUCAAUAUAGACAUUGAUUUUAUGACACAUUACAAUCUGCUUGACAUAUGAUUCACCAGGUGCCUGCCUGAUCUGACCUCUUACAUUCGUCUUUUUCCCCACCUUUUCUCCCCUCCCCUCCCCUACUUUUCUGCCCUUUGUCUCCCUGAUUUCCUGCUAUAUCCUUCUUUAUUGAUAGCCUUUCUUAUCCUGUAUAUUUCCUCUGUAAUGUUUCCCUUUGGCCUUUCUUUUCCCCUGCUUUCUUCCCCCUCUCUCCCCUGCUUUACCUUUUGUUUUUCCUUUUUACCUAUUUAUAUUUUCACUGCACCCUCUCACACUUUGAACUUCUCUCAAUCCUGUUUUCCUGAUUUCCAACUAUUUUCUUUUUCACUGACAGCCUCCUUUCUACCUUGCAUUCUAUCACUGUAAUGUCUCCCUUCAGCCUUUUUUAUUCUUUUCCCCUGCUCUCUUCCCCUCCCCCCUCCCCCCUUUGCUUUACCUUUCUGCUUCACCUUCUGUCUUUCUAAUUCUACCUAUUUACAUUUUCACUGACAUCCUGCCACACUGUUAGCUUCUUUCAUUUCGUGGAGUCUCAGAACAGCAGAUACUCCCCAUGCCUGAAGAAGGGUGACUGCACCUGAAAGCUUGCCAAGGACUUUUUUCCAACUAUUCAGUUGGUCUAGUAAAAGAUAUCACAUCUACCCAAAGAACCUUGCCUUCCAUACCUAUCCCAGUCAGUCAGUCUUGAUGUAGAAAUCAACCAUAGGAUUCGCUAUGCCAGCAUAUCCUUUGGAAAGCUGUUUCGCCAUGUCUUUGCUGACUGAAAUCUGCAGAUGGAAACUAAGAUCCUGGUCUACAGUGCAAUAGUUACUCCCAUGCUUUUCUAUGGGUAUCAGAGGUGGGAGACAUAUCAAAACCAUCUUAGGCACCUGGAAUGGUUCCAUCAACAUUGUCUCAGGAAGAUCCUUCGGAUUAGAUGGAAAGACCACUGCACCAAUGCCAGCAUCCUCUCAGUAGGUAACAUAAUUAGCACUGAGGCAAGGAUCAUGAAACACAACCUUCGCUGGGCUGGCCCCUGUGUGCAAAUGGCUGACACUCAUCUCCUGAAGCAAGUCCUCUUCUCUCAACUUAAUCAUGGUGGUAGUUGAAUUGGGCAAAUCAGAAAGGAAGGAAAUAAUUCUCUCCAGCUUGCAAGAUGGCCCAUUAAAACUGGAGGAACAGAAGAAACAGGCUUAUCAGUUCUUGAAGAAACAGGAACUCUUUAGUGAUGUGAAGACAGCCGUGGCUGUAGACCAAUAUCCUAUUCUGCUGUGGUGGUCCCCUCUGACUGGAGAGACAGGGAGGCUAGGGGAGUGUGGAGAGGAUCUUUGCUUCUUUACCAUCAAUAGGACCUACCAGCAUAAUCACAUGACAAGAGCAUUUCUGUUCUAUGGUACUGACUUUAACAUAGAGAGCUUACCUCUCCCUCGUAAAGGCCAUCACGACUGGGCCCUUUUCCAUGAAGAGUCACCCAAAAACAACUACAAACUUUUCCAUAAACCUACCAUCACCUUGUUUAACCACACAGCUACGUUUAGUCGCCACUCCCACCUGCCACUGACUACUCAGUACCUGGAGGGCAUAGAGGUCCUGAAGUCUUUGCGAUACAUGAUCCCUUUGCAGAAGAAAAACAGCUUGAGGAAAAGGCUAGCACCACUUGUGUAUGUGCAGUCAGACUGCGACCCUCCCUCUGACCGGGACAGCUAUGUGAGUGAGCUGAUGAGCUACAUUGAGGUGGACUCCUAUGGGGAAUGCUUGCAUAACCGUGACCUUCCUCAGCACCUCAAAAAUCCUGCCUCCAUGGAUGAUGGGAGCUUCUACACAAUACUAGCUCAGUACAAAUUCAUUCUGGCUUUUGAAAAUGCAGUCUGUGAGGACUAUAUCACUGAAAAACUCUGGAGGCCACUAAAAUUGGGAGUGGUGCCAGUGUAUUUUGGAUCCCCUAGCAUUGCAGACUGGCUUCCUAGCAAUAAGAGUGCAAUUUUAGUAACAAGAUUUUCACAUCCCAGGGAGCUGGCCCAGUACAUCAAGGCCCUGGACACAAAUGACCAAGAAUAUGUGGCCUACCUUGAAUGGAAACUGAAAGGAGACAUUUCCAAUAAAAGGCUGCUCACUGCUAUGAAGGAACGCAAGUGGGGAGUCCAAGAUAUCACGCAGGACAACUACAUUGAUGUGUUUGAGUGCAUGGUGUGUCAUAAAGUGUGGGAAAACAUCAGAAGGCAGGAAAAGGGAUUCUUACCCAGGAGAUGGAAUGCAGAGGUUAACCACCUGAGCUGCCCCAAGCCUCAGGCUUUCUUGUUCUCCUCUCCAAAUGUGCACCGGGCCUCUCUAAGAGAUAUGUGGAUACCAAGCUUUGAACAGUCCAAGAAAGAAGCCCAAGCAUUGAGGCUACUAGUGGAAAGGAACAUGAAUUUCUCAGCUCAGGAAUUUUGGACACUUGUAUUCAAAGAAUAAACAAGCCAAGCUAUCAAAGAUAGUGAGCUCCACAAAAGAACCUAUGAAAUAUAACUUUUGCAGGCUGCCUUAAUAUUUGUAGGUCAUUAAUGAGAAAAGAGUCAGAUUGUUCUGUAAGAUAGAUUUUAGUAGGUACAGUACUCAGUGAGUACUAUACUAAACUACAGAUUACCCAGUGGGACUUUUAAAAUAUAUAUAUUUUUAUACUAAUUGCCAGUAGUUCUAACUUUUCACUGUUAAGAGCCCAAAGUACUUAAAUGUGUGCCUCGUUUUGUGCAGCUGUCUGGGUGAAGCUAAUAGCACUACUUGUGUGCAUAGGAGGGGUUGUUGCUUCUGCACCUUGCAGAAUUAGGACCUCAUAUUCCAUGAUCUGAGCUUCUAGUUCCCUAGGUUGCUGUUCACAGAGGUUUUCACCAUCCCAUGAUUUUGGCUCAUGUGCUCUGAGGUUGCUCUGUUUAUCAUUGGCCCCUUUGGUAUAUCAGCAGUUUUAGUUCAGACUUGGCAAGCUCAGUCCCCUGAUGUGGAGUGCAAACAUGGAAAGCAUUAGCAGUUGGAAUUGGGAAGCCCCAUCUGCUAGUGCCCAGGGACUGAUUAAGGGAAAACGUGCUGGCUAAGGUUUGCCCACCAUCUCCUAUUUAAAAUUUAAGUGCACAAGAAUCUUCCUCCCCACCCCAACCCCCACAGGAUCAUUCCAAAAUAAAUAGUUCUGUUUCAUUUCUGAUAAUAUACUUUCCUUCAUUAAAACCAUAGUAGUAACACACAGCUGAAUGGCUGUGAUGCUUGGAUGAAGCAGGGACUAAAGUAAGGGCUUGGUCCCACUGCAAAGACUAGGUUUGGUACUCAUGCUGGCUCAGACUAUGCCAUCCAUUUUUAAUUGGUGCUCUCCAUUCCAGUCCAGGGGCAAUUCUGCUUAAAAGUAGUAGUACAACGACUCAUGUCUGGUUUUGCUCAGCCCAGUGGGGCAACUCACAAGAGUAAGUGUUACUGAAGUGAUUAAGAUAUAAAGAUUUACAGGAUUAGACCUCAGAGAUAAUGGCUGAAAUAUAUUACUGUUUGGUGCUGUCGAGUGCUGCUCGACUUCUGUCGAGAAGUUGGCUUUUUACUCAUCUGACAAUUAAAAUAUAGCCACUCCAGACAGCUCACCAACUUUUAAGAAAAAUAUGAUGUUAGGUUAUUAUAUAAAAGGGCAAGAGUGGGAAAGUAGGUAAUGAAUAGUUUUGCAAAACAAAGUGCCAAAACGUUCAGGCCACAGAAUUUGCUCACUUUGAAGUCAGCUGUUGGAUUCCAAAUAUUUUGUAUGAAUAACUUGUGAUUAUUUUUUAGAGUAGCAAGAGAAAGGGCAGCUUUAUGGCUUAAAAAUAUAGUUUUGGUCUUACUGGGUAUGUCUACAUGUGCAUUAAUAUACCUUUUCUAAUAUGCAUUAAAUUUAGUACAUCCAAUGUGAGGCACUAAAUUAAUGUGCAUUAGGCUGCACUGAUACACAAUAGCACAUUUGAACACUUUUUUAGUGACACUUAAUGUGCAGUAGACUAUUUUACUGUACAUUACUUUAAUGCCACAGGUUUUUACAUGACAUUUUAAUGUGCAGUAAAAUAGUCUACUGCGCAUUAAAGUGCACAUGUAGACGCACCCACUGAGGUUGUUAAAUUAUUCCAAUCAGCAGCACAUUUAAGCAUGUGCUUAAUUUUAGGCAAGUGAGUAACCCUAUAGAAGUAAUAGUAGUAUCAUAGUAUCAUAGUAGCUAGGGUCAGGAGGGACCUGAUCAGAUCAUCUAGCCUGACCCUCUGCCACAGGCAGGAAGUCACUUCCUUAAAGUUACUCAUGUGCUUUGUUAGCUUGCAACAAUGUCAAUUUAACAACAGUUUAAUCAGCUCUUUAUUCACAGGUCUUUAAUGUAAAUAAUAAAUAAACCCCAUUUUCAGGAAAGAUACUUAAGCAUAUGGUUAAGGGCUUUUCUAAAAUAGGAACGAAGAUUGGACUAAUCCUUAAUCCAGGAAGCAACCUCUGUAGAUAUCUCUUGCCUUUCAAUCUGUUGUCCUGCAUUAGUAUUCUUUCUGUCAGGCUGACAUAGGACAUCCAUACCAAUAUGAGUUAAUGUUGUGAUCAGUUUUUCCAUUAGUUUUAUCGAGCACUUUCGUAAACAUCUGGAGCCAGAGUUUUAAAAUUACUCCAGAUCUGAAACUGGGAUCAUAUUUUCAAAAAUGAAAACAAGGAAGUUGAACCAUGUAGUUCUGAAAGCAGGUUUCAUCAGUGGCGGAACCAUAGAAACAUGGCAGGUUUGGAGAACCCUCCACAUAUUAAAGACCCCCACAUAUUAAAGAUUUCUUAGCAGGUGGGCAAACAUCGCUUUCCUAAUUCAACUUGGAAGGUGUGGGGAAUUGGGGAAGAAGUCCCAAAUUCAGCUGAUUAAAGCACUUUUAUCUGUAGGCUGGUAUGUGGAUUUUGGAAGUUGGAAAGUGACCAUCUUAGAGACAGGCCUAUGUCUCUUGGCUAUUUGUCUCUAUUAGACCAUACAACUUCCCUGCUAUUUACAAACACUUUAUAAAGUUUCCCCUCUGCAAUUAAACCUAAAGUCUCUUGGCUAUCUGUCUCUAACACCAGACAGUAACAGAUGCUUCAAAGGAAGGUUAAAAACACUUAACUAACAACCUGCUUGGAAAGUGAAAAAAAGAAACAUUGCCCAGGCAGCUAGUGACUAGCUUGACACCUGUUAGUUUAGUGCCUUGAACACAAGGUGUACAUCUAGAUGAGCGUGCACGUGUCUGUUGUGGCAUCUCAAAGCAGUUUGAGAUGCUGCAAGAGGCACACUGGGAAAAAAAUGUUCCCCAUAUUUGCAGCAUGGGCUCUAAAUUCAAUACCUGGAAAUCUAGGUAUAAAAAAAAAAACCAUGGAAAAAAGCAGGCCAAGUUAUGUUUCUGUAGCGUGCCCUAAGGCAGUGGCGUACCGACGGGCAGGGGUGGGGGGAGAGUGGGAGUGGGGCAUGGCCCCUGGGCCCUGGCUGGGGGGGCACCGGCCAGAGAGGCUGGGGCAUCUCCUGCAUUUUGUGAGUGGCCCACCCUUCUGCUGGGCGGGUUGUAGCUUUCUUUGGCUGUUCCAGAUGGAAAUUCUGGCUGCUGCCCCUCCCCCACAACUGGUGUGCCAUGCUGCUAACUCCCCUGUUGAUGUGCCAUGGGGCAGGAGGUGGGGCCCCGCAUAGGCUGAUUUGCUUCAGGUCCUGCACCCUGAUCAGAUUGUCCCGGGGGGGGGGGGGCACAAAUGCAAGCAUUGGCCCCUGGGUGCUGGAGACCCACGGUACGCCACUGCCAGAGUCUGAGUCCUCCAAAAACUUGCUCUGGCAUCUUGCCAGAGUGUCUCUAUAGUUGCCCCCUUCCCCUGCUACCCUAGCACACUGCCUCAGCAUGCUGGGGUAAAUAGAAGUGGGGCAAGGCUGCAGUGUGACCUGGACCCAGAUGCUAGGUAAGUAGGACUGUGGAGGUGGGGAUGGGGAUUGUGUGUGGGAGGACUGUGUGAGUGUGGGGUGGGUCCCCUGCCUACCCCCUGCACAGUGCACAGCCCCCCUACUGCAGCAGCAGCAGCAGCAGCAGCCGCCAGGCGCUCAGGGCCCACUGCUGGCAGAGACCCCUGCAGCAUGGCACGGCUCCAGCCACCUCAGACCCAGCGCUGCCUGUGCCAUAUGUCAUGGGCCCAGCCUGGCAUCAGGAUGUGCACCUUUGGGUAGCACUGGGCCACCCUGGCUUUCACCUGGGGUCCCAGCAUUGCUUGCAGGGGCCAUGCAUUAGGCCAGGUCCUGUCUCCAAGUGCCCUGUACGCCAUCGGGACAGGCCAACUCCAUGGCCCAGCACAAUGCGUGGCCCCUGCGUACAGUGUUCGGACCCCAGGUGACAGCCAGAGUGGCCUGGGGCUGCACUGCACUGAGGGGGGCAGGCCCUGAGCGCCGGACAGCUGCUGCUGCAGGAGGGCUGUGCACCCUGCGGGGGGCAGGCAGGGAACCCACUCCUCCCAAGCAACCCCCCCACACCCACAUGAUCCCCUCAUACCCACAAAACCCCCAACAAUCUGCCCACAAACCCCACACCCCCAAACCACUCCCACAAACCCCUCACCGCUAUACUCAGCCACAAAUUCCAACCCCCCACACAAGCCCCAUACCCCUCACAAACCUCACCCCCACAAACCCUACACCCACCCAAUCCCCCCACAAACCCCACACCCACCCCUCCCACCCUAAAUCCCACAUCCCCCCCAAAGAUCUCACACCCUGCAUGCCCAGCUGGCCACAUGGAAUGAAACAGGACCUGCUGGUGGGAGCUGCAGCUGUAGGGGCAACUGUCACACUGCAGCCCUUCCCUGUGUCACCCCAGGGCUGGGAUAUGCAGCCCCAGCCUGGGGGCGCUCUGGUCCCAGGAACCACUUGUGGGUUGUGAUGGGCUGUGGGGAGGGGGCAGGUGGCAGCAGGGGUGUGUGUGUGUGAGAGAGAGAAAGAGAGAUGGGGGUUGGGGGUAGGGGAGAGCUCUGGGUAGGAGAGGCCGCCAGAGCCAGGCCAAGAGCCCCCCUGCUUCCCUAGAGAAGCCUGUGCAGGGGGAGACCGGCCUGGAAGGGAAGGGCCUUGCCCAGCCCAGACCCUGAGCCCCAGGAGUCGCAUAGGGAUUGCUGGGGCCUGGACACAGGUGCAGGGAGCAGAACGGCAAGGGAUGGCACUACUCAGAGCAAGGGCAGGCAAUUAUUGCAGGUGGAGGGCUGCUUAACAAGGUUUGGUGAACUUUCAAGGGCCUCAUGGGUAGCCCUGCCCGUUGACAGUUGCCCCGCUUCCUGGUCACCAUCUUGAGAC